AUGUCCGGCGAUGACUCCCCAGCUACUGAACCUGGAUCGGAGGUCGAGGAUUCAUCGCCCUCCUCUACGCCCGCGCAGAGCAAGAAGCGGACGACGAAACCUAGUAAAGCCCGACUCACAUCAGCUCAGAAGAACACCAACCACCGUGAUGCAGAGAACAAGCGUAGAGAUGGCAUACGUGCCCAGUUCGACGCGCUUUCAAACAUUGUUCCUGGAACUCAAGGUCAGGCCAAGUCUGAACAGCACAUGUUAACGAGAACGGCCGAACAUUUGGAGGACAAAUUGAAGGAAAUACGUGAGAUGAUCGAGGAAAUGGAUCGAAAGGGCAUUCCAGUUGAAGAUUCAUGGCGUGCCAUGGUUACAGAGGACGACUUCGGAGGCGCCAACUACCAGACCCCGGCCAUGGCGGAGUACGAAGCCAAGAAGCAAAGAGCGGACGCAAGGAAAGGAAAUGGGGCGCAACGCACUGGUAAAGAUGGUGAUGACGAUGAUGACGAUGAUAGAGAUUAG